GGCGGGAGUGUUAACCACUCUACACCACUCUUCACCCCCCCAACUGGAAAACAAUGUUGGGGAAAACUGUCAAAUUCAAGUGCACUGCUAUGCUGAUGACAUCACCAAAGAUGUCCUGAAGAAGCAAAGCCUGUCACACAUUUGAAGGUACAGCAGAAAACCCCUUUGGAUCCCGAAUGGAAGCUGCUCCGUGAUGGAGCUGAGCGCGAAACUGAAGCUGCUCGUUUGAAUGGGGUUCUUUGGAAGUCAAAUGAGCUGCAGGUAGACGGGUCACCUGAGCCGGAACCACAGAGCCUCCACCUCUGCAGACAGACAGUCAGCAGCUUCUUCUGUUCAGCCACAACUGCACGUCUGCAGACGCCCAAAAAGGAAGAGGUGUGAUGUGUGCGUCCACAGGCUGGAAUCUGCCCGACAACCACAUCAUUCUAGUCUCUUUAAGCCGAUGAAGGUCGUCUGCAGCUAUCAUACUCACCUCUGCACCUCUGUUCUAUUCUAUUCUAUUCUGCUCUGUUCUAUUCUGCUCACUGUAGAUGUUAGGUAAAGCCAAACAUUUAAGUGAGGACUUCCUUUAUAUUUUCCUUGUUUGUUUUGUUCUUUUUUUUCUAUUUUUAGUUUCUAAGCUUUUGAAUUUAAAUGUUUAACAUCAAAACUAGAACGUUUCAGGAUUAAUGUUUAGAUAAAGUUUUUCUUUGAACUAUGUGCCACGGUGUGUGUGUGACGUCACAGUCGGGCAUCAACAGGUGAGCGAGCUGCAGUUCAGAGGUUGCGCCGGCAGGGGUCGCUGCUCCUGCCUGAACAUCUCAGUAACUCUCCUGUUUUCAACGCGCCUCAAAGAAAACACGCCUCUCUGUGCGUGAGCGCGUGCCCGUACAAGAGCCCACCAGACACGCGGACGGACGCGCAGCGCGUCACGACGCGCUCCUUCUGCUGAAUGAGGAGGAGUGAAGGAGGAGGAGGAGUCAGGUGGUCAAGGUGAAGCUGCUUCUUAAGCUGCGCGCGCAGAAGGAAGCGGCGCGCGCGGACAGCUCUGCGGGUUCGGAUGGUGAGAAGCUGGACUUGGUUCAGGUGAACAGCAGAGGAGCCACAGAUCCACAGGACGUCCAGGAGCUCCGCUGGGAUCUGAGCGGCAGGAAUUCAGGGUCCAGACGGUCAGGACGGCCCCCCAGCUCUGAAGGGGGCGGAGACCUCUCCUCCUCUGGUCCUUCAUCCUGUCAACGCUUCCUCUUCCCUUUUGUGACUCCAACUCUCAGGACGUUUUUCCUCCUUCAGACGCAGGAAAAGAUUCCCCAUCAGCGAGUUUGUUUGGGACUGAAGCUCGCAGAACUCGGCUUUACCUGCAGGAUCUGGUUCGGGUUGGGGAACUUGGAUUCAUUUGGAUCUUUUUCCUGACGCGUCAUUUUCCUCCUCUGGAAAGAUUUUGAUCUGAGAUUCAUAACUUCUGCUCCAGUUUGGAUUCUGUAAAACCCAAAGACAGUAAAACAUUAGAGUUCUGCUGGAUUUGGGCCGGUUAGGUCCAGGUUCUGACCUGGAAUGUGGUGUCCCUGAAGGACCCGGCUCCUCCUGGUUUAGGUUUUAGCUCUUCCUCUGAAACAGGAGAUGUGCUGCGGUUUCUGUGAACUCCACACGGUUAAAGGUUCUGCCGUUUGAAGGAAGCUGGUCCCGUCAUCGCCAUGGUGAUGUCUCACGGCACCUACACCUUCCUGGCCUGUUUCGCCGGCUUCUGGUUGGUGUGGGCCGCCAUCGUCAUGCUCUGCUGCUUCUGCAGCUUCCUGCAGCGCCGGCUGAAGCGGCGCCGCGAGGAGCGGUUGCGAGAGCAGUGUCCGCGGCCGGCCGGGGCCGAUCCGCUCAGCUGUGGCCCCGCCGGGUUCCCGCCCGCCCCUCAUCCCACCUCCAGAGCCUCAUGGGUCUCCAUGCUGGACACAGAUGUUGUCGGCAAGCCACCAUGUUACGAGGAGGCGGUCCUGAUGGAAGACCCUCCCCCUCCGUACAGCGAGGUGCUAUCUGACCCACGAGGGGGGACCUACCUGAAGCCGGCUCCGCCUCGUGUCACGGCGCCGCCCUUGAGGGAAAACCGGGACUCGGCUGAGGCGUUCACGCCAUCGGCCUGCAAACACUCUGCUGGGGGGGGGGUUCCGGACCGGGGGUACUUCUCCCUCAACCGCCUGCCCUCCUCGCAGCGCUGGGACUCCCUGGGUCACCUCCUGUCCAACAUGGACCUGAACCACAACAACCUCACCCCACCCAGAGCCCGGUCUGUUCAGGCAGCCACCGCCAUGGCAACCAUGCCUCGCAGAGAGCCCAGGACUUAUAAGGGUCAGGGGCCCCCGGGGGGGCCAGCAGAGCCUCAGGGGGUCCACACACUGAGGGGCUUGGAGCCUGGCUGCGGCAUGCCGACAGCCUUCCCUUUACUAGGCCGGAGCACGGCGGUCUGAACCCGGAGGUCCACAGACCACAGAGACGCAGCACUUCCUCCUGGGGGUCCGGGAUAGCAGCAGGAGGUCAACCCCCCAGCAGCUCGGUAAGGACUGCCUGUGGGGGAGGGUUGCUCUAACACCUCCGCUGGUGAGUCUGAAGCAUCUGAGCAGAGGAGGAAGAGCGUUACCGAGGUGAAGACGAACGGCGAGCUGAGCCACGUCUUUAUUUUAAUGCCCCCCCCCGCAGCAGCCCAUUGUGGCAGCCCGCCGUUGCCAUGGCUGCAGAGAACUAUUUGCCUUCCUCGCCACCUUCAUCUGUUUUUUUAGCUGGCAGCAUCCACUGCUGGGGAGGCACACUUUGACCCAGGUGGGGGAGCUGUCACGGUAACUUCCUCUCAGACUGGCGUGCAGAAGAGAUGAAGGACGGCGAGCAUUAUCCCGUCACUAAGAGCAACUUUUAUGGUCAAACUCAGCUUCUGCAUUCAUGACAAUCUUUUACUGUCCGUGUUUGAACCAGCAUCCCGCCGGGGGGGGGGGGGGGUCUAAACCAGAAACAGACAGGAGGACAGGCGUGAGGAUGAGGAUGGGAGGAAGCAGACCAAACUGCUGUCAUCAGGCAGGUUUCCUCUCAGGUUGAUUUUUACUCAACGUCCUCUGAUGGAAGUCGUGGUUUGGAGUUUUUGACAUGUCUGUGUGGUUUUGUCUCAUGGAGGAGAGCAAAUGUAAUAAAAUUAUUUCAUUUUUUCUCCUGUAAA